AUGCUUCCGGCGUUGCGGCCUCGCCGCCAGCUCCUGGUGGCAUCCCUCCGCCGCCUCCUCUGCACCCCCUCCUCCUCUGGUACUGGCGAGAGUGAUCUCCCCGUCGACGCAGCAGCGAUGGCCGCGGCCGCAGCGAAGGCCCGGGAGGAGGCGGCAGCGCGCGCUCGGGCAGAGGCGUACAAGCAAGUCCAAAACUUCGAUUGGAGUAGUGGCGCCGACUGGAAGGCCGCCGCUAACAUCCUCUUUACGGUCCCCCCCAAGCGCAAGGAGUUCGGGCUUGAUUUCCACCUUGUGCAGCUCUUCUUUGCCUGCAUGCCCUCACUAGCUGUCUAUUUAGUGGCCCAAUAUGCACGGAGGGAGAUCAAAAGGAUGGAGGGGGAAGCAGAAGAGAAAAGGAAAAAAGAUGAGGAACUUGAGAAACAAAAACAGCUUGAGGAAGAAUCUGCCAAGGAGGAUGCUGAUUCAAAGCUUUCGAAGGUAUUAGACAGGCUAGAUACACUAGAGGUUGUCGUUAAGGAAAUUGUGGAUGACAAAAGGAAACUCUCUUCCCCUGAUUUACCGACCAAAGAGGAGGUUGCGAAGAAGGAUAAAGCAUCUCCGGGCAAGGCUUCUGAUUCGAAAAACGAUAGUCAGCCAGUGACAGUCAAGAGUAAGGACAUCAGCUGUGCUGCAAAUGCUCCAGCAAAUACUGCAAAACCAAACAUUAGGGGGAUUUGUGAUAAGGCACUUCCAGUUGAGUCCGAGAGUUGA